CUGCAUUCUGCAGCGGCCCCGGGUGCAGCUGAGCGCGGACAUGGCAGGCGCCCGGCUCCUGGCAGCGGUCCUCGUCCUGGGUCUGUGCGCCAUGGCGGGGGCCGGGAAACCUUCCCCCUGCCAGUGCUCCAGGAUGAACCCCGACAGCAGGAAGAACUGCGGCUUCCCGGGCAUCACCAGUGAGCAGUGCUUCGCCGCUGGCUGCUGCUUCGACACCACCGUCCCGGGGGUGCCCUGGUGCUUCACGCCCCUCCCCAUGGAAGACAAGGAGGAGUGUGUCAUGGAAGUGUCGGCCCGCGUGAACUGUGGCUACCCCGGCAUCAGCUCCGAGGUCUGCGCGUCUCGAAAGUGCUGCUUCUCCGACACCAUCCCUGAAGUGCCCUGGUGCUUCUUCCCAAAGCCCGUGCAAGACUGUCACUAUUAAGGGGCAGUGGCUUCAGAGGGCCGCCGGCUCCUGCACACUCUGAAACAGCGAGAGGACUCACCAGCUCAUCCGUUCCUGCCCCGUGUUUCCUGAAUGCCUGGGUUUUCUUCGUCGCUUUUUACCUGGUUCAGUGGGUUCACAUUCAGUGUCUUCAAAUAAAGGAAACCC